AUUGAAGAACCUUGUCCUCAUAGUGAAGAACCUUGUCGUCAGAGUGAGGAACCUUGUCCGCAGAGUGAAGAACCUUGUCCUCAGGGCGAAGAACCUUGUCCACAGCGUGAAGAACCUUGUCCUCAGAGUGAAGGACCUUGUCCUCAGAGUGAAGGAACUUGUCCUCAGAGUUUAAAUAACCUUCUCCUCAAAGUGAGGAACCUUGUCCACAGGGUGAGGAACCUUGUCCCCAGAUUGAAGAACCUUGUCUUCAGAGUGACGAACCUUGUCCUCAGAGUGAACAACCUUGUCCUCGAAGUGAGGAACCUUUUCCUCAGUUUGAGGAACCUUGUCUUCAGAUUGGAGAACCUUGUCCUCAGAGUGAAGAACCUUGA